GAAGGUAAUUAAUCUCUACGAUUCUCUCUCUGUAAUUACUCCUGGAGAGCAUCCCUCUCUAGGAUAUUGAGUAUUGCUGACUUGAGCGUUGGAGUGUUUUCCUCGAGGAAACAACCUCGGGAUUUUCAGGUGUGGAAGCAGCUGAGGACUUCAACAGUGUUGGACUGCGAAGCUGCCCAAACAUUUGGCGCCGUCUGUGGGAACUGAACAAGAAGUUGUGUAACUUAACCUGCUGAAAGACAAAAUGGUUCGAACUUUUACAGGAGGUCGCCCCCCAAGAAAUGAGAUGGACGAACAGGAGGAUGCUCAAGUAUCUGAGCCCGGGUUGAAUGACUUUAGGCCAAUGCCAAGAAACCUCUUCGUCGGGGGAGCCGAACAGGAUCACCUGAGUGAAACAGAUGACGAAAGAACACUAACUGGGUAUGCAACCCAGCCUGAACAGUUCCAAGUUCCAACAGGAACAAGACAAAGACCUUCUAGACCAUACAAUUCACAGCAUAAACGACCUGAAAGGUCAACAGAACCUGCUCGGACAACCGAGCUCGAAGAGAGAACCAGAGUUCUCGAAAUGGCAAUGGGUAAAAUCCUUGCCCGUCUGAUUCCUGAUGACCCCUUGAUUCCUUUGUUGAACAGGGAUGCACAACCAGCUGCGGUUGUUGCAACUCGAAACUCCUCCGCUCUGAGCAACAUAGUGGUGCCGACCAGGCCAAGGGGAAGUGGAAAGCUGAAUAUCGAGCCCAGCUCAUCCAAGCACAGCGAAGAACUGUUGAGGAAGAACGCAGACCUUGAAAGGCAGCUACGAGAUGUACAAAAGUUUAUAGACGAGCUGAAAAGUCCCAGGUCAUAUCAGCAAACUCUUGAUUUAGAUAGCGCCCCAUUGAACCUAUCCAUCACAGCAGAACCGUAUCAAGAGGGGUUCAAAAUUCCCCAUUUAGAGACGUAUGAUGGCUCGGGCGACCCGGAUGAACAUCUGCACACUUAUCAAGCCAUCAUGAGAAUCCAAAAUGCCAAUGAUGCCAUGAUGUGCAAAGUGUUCCCAGCAACACUCAAGUCAACAGCCAGGAGAUGGUAUCACAAACUCCCCAGACAUUCCAUAGACUCAUACUCCCAGCUCGCCAAGCUAUUCUCCAACAAAUUUGCGAGCCAAAGGGAGAUUAAACGUACAGCGACUGAACUAAUGCAGGUUCAUCAGAAAGAGGGAGAGUCUUUGAGGGACUACAUGCAACGAUUCAACAAAGCUACUUUGGACAUUGAUAACGUCCCCGAUACCAUUUGCUUAUCUGCCUUGUUGCAUGGCCUGAAGCCUGGCUGGUUUUUGGAUGACCUGCUGGAGAAUCCACCCAAGUCGUGGAAUGAAGUAAAUGACAGGUCGGCAAGCUUCAUAUUGUCCGAAGAUUUUCAAUCUUCUAAGAGACGAGCUGAUGACAGGCAAGGAAAAGAACCCAAGCAGCUUGAAAACAGAGAUGAUAAGAAGAAACAGAAGGUUGGCGAGCAGAGAGGGAAACCACCCUCUUAUCCAAAAUAUGACAGCUACAUCCCCCUGAGCUCGUCACGAUCCCAGAUAUUGUCGCAGAUACAGCAUUGGGUCAAGAGACCCCCUCCGCAAACGCAUGAUUCUUCACGAGCUGACAGAAGCAAAUACUGCGACUAUCACCGUGUCUACGGCCAUAACACAGAAGACUGUCAGAGUCUGAAGGACGAGCUCAAAUUCUUGGCUCGCAAUGGAAAAUUGGAGGGGUACGUGCAGAAGCCUUUUGUUCGGCAACCCACCCAGACCCACUUUGUACAAGAGUACGGUCGAUCUCAAGCACCUGGGUAUCAGCUCGGUAGCAAUCCAAAUUCUUACCAGGCGGGUUCGUACUCAUCUGAGCCGACCAGAGCAUACAGGGGACGCUUGUUCAAUAGGCGUGGGCAAGGACAGAAAGCACCUACGCAGAACCAAAAGGACCACAGAGGGGUUGGGUAUGGUGGAAUACCCCCUCCAUCUGGCAUAAUUAAUAUGAUCUAUGGUGGUAUGCACUCAGGGGGCCAGAGUGCUCGAGCCUGCAAGGCAUAUACUCGCCAGGUGAUGACAGUUAACAAAAACAGGCCCUUGAAGCGGCCGUUCGAGGAGGCAGAGUGGGAGAAUGCAGCUAUCACAUUCAGCUCGGCAGAUUAUAAGCGAGCAGAUGGAGAACCCGACGUUAUGAUGCCUCACGCAGAUCCAUUUGUCGCAACGAUCUAUAUAGGUAAUCAUAACGUCAACAAGGUCUUUAUUGAUACGGGCAGCUCGCCAGAUAUCCUUUACUGGAGUUGCUUCCAGAAGAUGCAGUUGAACCCGAGCUCGCUGCAGAAACAUGAAAGACCCAUCUACGGGUUCGAUAAUCAGCCCGUCCCAGUGGAAGGGGUCAUAACUCUACCCAUCUAUGUGGGCUCAGAACCACGCUUCAGGAUGGCCUUAGUCAGCUUCCUGGUCGUCAAAAUGGAGUCAGCCUUCAAUGCCAUAUUAGGAAGGGCUACUCUGUGGGUGUUAAAGGGGAACCAGAAGAUGGCCAGGGCAUCCUACCAAGAUACGUUUAAGAAGGUUGAGCUCGCUGUAGCCCCGAGAGGCUCUGAAAGUAGUAGGCCGACUCAGCCCGGCCAGCAAACAAUGAGCAUAUCGGACAUCGAGCAUAGACCUGAGGGUGUCGAGCAGAAAGCAAAGCCGGUAGAGGAGGUAGAAACCGUUCCUUUAAACCCUGAUGUGCCGGAAAGAACAGUCAACAUUGGCACCAAGCUCACAGAAGAAGAGCGAGCAGAACUUCUGGAGUUUUUGAGGUUGACAAUCCACAAACUCAACACGGACCCCACCAAAAGGCCGGUGGUGCAGAAACGUCGCCUUUUUGGCCCUGAGAAACAAGCUGCCAUAGACGAAGAGAUACGAAAGCUGCUACAGGCAGGCUUCAUCAGGAGAGUGGAGUACUCUGAGUGGGUAUCUAACCCCAUGCUCGUCAAAAAGCCAAAUGGCAAGUGGAGGAUGUGUAUUGACUUCACCAACCUCAAUGAGGCAUGUCCAAAAGACCCUCACCCCCUGCCAAACGUCGAGAAGCUAGUAGAGCGAGCAGCCGGGCACGAACGGAUGAGCUUCAUCGACGCCAGCUCAGGUUAUCAUCAGAAGCUGGUACAAAUCAUCUUUAAACUCCAGAUCGGCCGGAACAUAGAAGUUUAUGUGGAUGACAUGAUUGUCACCAGCGUGCGAGCUGAGGAUCAUAUAGACGACCUGAGUGAGACCUUCCAGAACUUGCGCCGAGCCCAAAUGAAGCUGAAUCCCCUGAAGUGCACGUUCGCUGUAGAAUCAGGAAAAUUCCUAGGAUGGCGGACUGUAAAGGAUGUGCAGCGCCUGACAGGUCGUGUAGCCGCGUUGCAUAGAUUCAUAGCCAGGUCGGCGGAAAGGUGCCUAUCGUUUUUCAAAGCCUUGCGAGAGCCCAAGCAUUUUCAAUGGACUGACGAAUGUCAGCAGGCGUUUGACGAGCUCAAGCAGUAUCUGGCAUCCGCACCACUGCUGUCCAAGCCUGUGGAAGGGGAGAGUUUAUAUCUAUACAUGGGGGUUACGAAGGAGGCAGUGAGCUCAGUCUUGCUCAGGGAAGACAAUAAGAAUCAGAAGCCCAUCUGUUACGUGAGCAAGGUUUUACAAGGUGCAGAGCAGAACUACCCAUUAGCAGAAAAGGCUGCCUUUGCCCUGGUUUACACAGCUCGUAAGUUGAAGGCUUAUUUCCAAUCACAUCAGAUUGUUGUCUAUACCGAUUUGCCAUUGAGAAAAAUACUGCAGAAACCUGAACUCUCUGGUCGACUUAUUGGGUGGAGCGUCAAGCUGAGUGAAUAUGACCUCAAAUUUCAGCCACGCACAACCAUAAAAGGCCAGGCUGUGGCAGACUUUCUGGUGGAGUGUAUCUCAGCAACUAAGGAAGAAAAAGCACCCGAACACCCAGUCUGGGUUUUGUAUGUUGAUGGAGCUGCUAACAUUGAAGGAUCGGGUGUAGGGGCUGUGUUAGUGGGCCCAGAUGGCUUUAAGUCUGAGCACGCACUAAGGUUUAAGUUUCAGACGACUAAUAACGCUGCAGAAUAUGAAGCCCUCAUUUACGGACUGAAGCUGGCGUCCGAGCUGAAGGUACAAAGCAUUCAGGUUUUCAGCGACUCCCAACUCGUUGUGGGCCAAGUGAAUGACAGUUGUGAAAUCAGGGAUCCCCAGCUCGGUCGUUAUGCCUCUGUGGUCAACAGAUUGAAGUCAAUAUUUAUCCUUUUCCAAAUUGAUAAAAUACCAAGAGCAGAUAACCACCGAGCUGACGAGCUGUCAAAGUUGGCCUCCUCGCAAGACUUUAACCCUCAGAGAUCGACAAUUGUCGAGAUACUCGACGCACCGAGCUACACUGAUUCCAUAGUCGAGUGUCAGCUGCUAAGCACAGAUCCCUCUGCACCGAGCUGGACCACCCCGCUCAUAAAUUAUCUGCAAAGUGCCUCUAUGCUCCUAUUACGCUGUCUCACUCCUUAUGAAGCUGAAUAUGCUGUGAGAGAAAUCCAUGAAGGAGUAUGUGGCACGCACAUUGGAGGUAAAACCUUAGCUCGUAAGCUCCUGAGGCAUGGGUAUUACUGGCCGACUAUGGUUGAGGAUGCACAGAACUAUGCCAAAAAAUGCCCGACCUGCCAGUUCAAUGCUGAUGACAUUCACUUGCUAGUGGAUUACUUCACAAAAUGGAUAGAAGCCAAACCCCUAUCCACGACGACAGAAAAGAAAAUAGAGGAAUUCCUGUUCAAUUCAAUAUUAUGCAGGUUUGGCAUACCUAAACGGAUCAUCGCUGAUAAUAGUCCGCAGUUCCGAGCCGCUGCACUGAGGUCGUUCUGCAACGACUAUGGCAUUGAGCUCUCCUUCACGUCUGUAUAUACUCCUCAGUCAAACGGACAGGCCGAGUCCGCUAAUAAGAUCGUCUUGUGGGGCCUCAAGACACGUGUUUUAGCCGAGCGUCCUAAUUGGGUUGACGAGCUCAAUAAGGUGCUUUGGUCUUGUCGCACUACGCCCAGCUCGGCCACAGGCGAAACCCCAUUCAGCCUUGCUUAUGGAGCUGAGGCCGUCAUCCCAGUGGAGGUCGGAUUGCCCUCUGAUAGAGCAGGUCGGCACGACGAUGUUAACAAUGAGCAACUAUUGAGAGAAAACUUGGACCUUGUGGAAGAGGUCAAGGAGAUGUCGCGAAUAAGAAAUGUGGCGCAUCAGAGUCGUGUGGCAAAAUUUUAUAAUAAGAGAGUUCGAGCUCGCCAGUUUCAGGUCGACGAUCUGGUUCUACGCAAAGCAGGACUAACCAAUGUUUAUUCGCACAUGGGCAAGCUCGCUCCUAAUUGGGAAGGUCCUUAUAGGGUUAUUUGUGUUAAACGACCUAGGUGUUACCAGUUAGCAGAUUUACAAGGUCGUUCACUACCAUUCAUUUGGAAUAUACACAACCUUAGAAGGUUUUAUAGUUAGCAUUCCGAUGUCAUUAUUUUAAUUUAGGUUAUCCUCAAUUAAAUGUAAAGAACAGUGUAUAAAACAGCACACAGCAAUAUACACAGAAUUUUGAA